CCCACCGUAUUUAUGGGUAGAAGCCUGAGCGAAAUAAAAAAUCAAGAAUAAUAAAAACCGAAUUUCCACUUAUAGCUAUGAUUAAAUUUCAGUAUCGAUUUUUGCCUCAUAGUAGAUCAAGAGUGUAGUGAAUCAAUAGAAUUAUACAAUGUCAGACAAGCACUGUGCAAAUGGUUAUGGAAAUCACGUUAAAAAAAUUAAGCAAUUGGAUGCAAAUAUUCAGAAUCUACUGAGGCAAGCGACGGAGACCAGGGAAUUUGCAUAUUGUCCUUAUAGUAAUUUUAAGGUUGGAGCUGCAAUUUUAUGUUCAGAUGGGUCCGUUUUUUCGGGUUGUAACAUAGAAAAUGCAGCUUUUACUGCCGGACUUUGUGCAGAAAGGUGUGCCUAUGGUAAGGCUAUUAGCCAAGGAAAAAUGCAAUUUAAGGCUGUAGCAGUAAUCGGACAACAGGAGCAUUUCUUUACCACCCCAUGUGGAGUUUGCAGGCAGUUUAUGAGCGAGUUUGGGAAAGUCGAUGUGUACAUAUCAAAACCUGGCAGUGAAGAUGUUCUGGCAUUAACUUUGGAACAACUGCUUCCAUUCCAGUUCGAAACCACGGGUCAAACUUUUGUGUAAAAAUUACCUAAAGUUUGGGUAAAUAAAAUAAUUAAAUAAAAAUCAAUUUUAUUUUCAUAACAAGAA